UAUUAGUUCAUCUUAUAACAAAGAACGGUGAGACAAGUGCAGUUGUUUUUCGUGCAAUCCAAAAUUCCUCAAUAUUAAAGAAAUUCUUCGAAUUGGUCCAUUAAAUUUCUAAAUUAUAAAUCGUAUGAGGUGAUCCGGAUGAGGAUGAUGCCAGUUUCCCUAAAAUUUAUACGUAAAGAAACAGUUAAACAAAGAAAAAAACUGUCCAUCGUUUGACCAUUGAAAAAACAUCGAGUGCGGAGUAGAGAAAGGUCAAAAGAAACAAAGAGGAAAAAGAUUAACCAGAAGCAGUAGUUAAAUAGAUUAAAUGAAGAUAAACCUAACCAUUAAUUAGAUCAUACACCCACUGCCAUUACUUUAAUGAUUAGCGUACGUUAUUAGACUAAAUUAACAUAAAUUAAUUUUCACUAUCACCAAACGAUUUAAAAACAAUUUACAAGAAACAAAAAUAUAUAAAAUAAAAUAACUUUUUGAAUAUAUUUUUGUAAACGUGAAAGAAAGGCGUAAAAAACGUAAAUACAUUAUGUCCAACCAUUAUCACAAUCAUAAUUCCUAUAAUUCGGGUGGUAACAGUAGUGGGUCCAAUCAACUCUAUACUAAUGGCGAUGGUAAACAUGAUUACAAUCACCACCAAGGAGUGGUUAGGUUGACAAAUGGUUACGCUGUUAAGCCAUUGGAUAAUGUGGCCGUACCCGAUAUGUGUUUGUUUUGUUUUGAAGUUUUAGAUUGUGAGCUCAACAAUAUGGAGGGACCAGGUACUCCACCAUUCACUAAUGAAGCUUUCCCUUUAUUUGUUACCUGGAAGACGGGACGUGAUAAACGUUUACGCGGUUGUAUUGGAACAUUUAGUGCUAUGCAUCUUCAUUCGGGUUUGCGCGAAUAUGCCUUAACUAGCGCUUUGAAAGAUUCACGAUUUGCUCCGAUCUCACGUGAUGAACUACCAAAAUUGACAGUUUCUGUAUCUAUUUUGCAAAAUUUUGAGGAGGCCAAUGGUCAUUUGGAUUGGACUUUAGGUGUACAUGGCAUACGCAUUGAAUUCAUCAAUGAAAGAGGUUGUAAAAGGACUGCUACUUAUUUACCGCAAGUAGCUACAGAACAAGGAUGGGAUCAGAUACAAACGAUAGAUUCUCUUUUAAGAAAAGGUGGAUACCGUGCUGUCAUUACACCAGAGACACGUAAAGCUAUUAAAUUAACCCGCUACCGUUCUCAGGAAAUUCAGAUGAACUAUAAAGAGUACCGUGAAGUUUUAGAACGUCGCGGCCAAUACUGUAAAGUGCAAUGCUAACAAAUAGCGUUUAAUCGUUUCAAACAACCAGAAAAUAAACGCCAAGAGAAAACGUUUCAAUUUAGUUUAAAUUUUUAACAAAUUCUCUUGCUUUACAAUUAUAAUAAAUAUUAAAACAAAAGAAGUACACAUCAAAACAAUAUAAUACAAAAAUUAAUUUUAGAAUUAAUCUAUAUACAUACAUUAAUAUAUAUAUAUGAAAAUAUCACAAGAAAAAUAGCUAAACAAUUGUGUUUUCCAAAUUCCAAACAAAAAAAAAAUAAUAAUGAUUAUUUAUCUUCUAUCUAUAACUGCAAUUAAAAGAGAAAAAAAAAACAAAUUAGCAAGAAUGUUAAGCAUAGAUUUCUUUUAUUUAAAAAUACUAAUUUUACUCUGUUUUAUUCUUUAGUUAUUUGAAAAUAUAAUCAUUCUUCUUUUUAAGGUACAUAUUCAAUUUGUGUGUAUUAAAAUUUAAUAAAAAAAAGAGAAUGUGUAGUUAUAUAUAAAUAUUUUAAUGGUUCUUAUAAAAUUUGGUUUUGAUGAAAUAAAUAAAAAAGUUUGAAAUAUCAAAAUUUA